AUGAACUCAGCAACGUCAGAGGACCGCUGGAUUUGUGUUCUUGGGUCCUUUGCCAACCUUGGGGGGAGGGAGUUCACCUUCCAACUUCUGCUUGGCGGUGGGCAGAUCACCGGUUUGCAGCUCGGUAGGCAGUGUGGUGGCCCAGAAGUCUUCGACCAGAAGAAGGAGGAGUUUGAGGGAGCUGGGGCGAAGCCGAUGCUUAACUUUGGGGACAUGAAUCCCGUGAUCCUCUGCCUGAAGAAGGGCAAGAACGAAACCAAGCCGGCCAAGUUCUACUACGAAAAUGUCCUCAAGGCCCCGGGGAAGAUUGUCCUCAGCCCGAUCGAGGACUGGAGCAACCAGUUCGGCUUCGACAUGAAGUAG